UGAGUAAACACUGAAAUAUUCUCAGAGAAAGGUAAGAAGACUUUCGUCUGUGUGCAGCUCCUGGCCCGUCCAUGGUGAAGGUCAUAGUCCAGCACGCUCCCAAGACCAGCACGAGCAUCCACCAGGUGCAGACGGUGUCCCGGUCCAGCCCCGCCCUGCGGAUGCUGUCCUCCUCCUCCUCCGGGUCGGCGGGCGCCCCGGCCCCGGCGGGGGUCCAGGCCCAGACGGUGAGGGGGGCCGGCCCGAUCAGCCAGCAGGCCGGCUUCAAGUACUGCUUCAGAGAGGUGAAAGACGGGCAGUGCAGCUCUCCUCUGCCCGGUCUGCGGAGCAGGGACAUCUGCUGCCAAGGCAUCGGCAAGGCCUGGGGUACUACCGAGUGUGUACUCUGCCCUGAUACUACAGGUAAAAGCAACAGCAGCUGCCCGGCUGGUUUUGAGCGAGACAAUGGAAUGCAGUGUGUAGAUGUGAAUGAGUGCCUCCAGCCGGGGUUGUGUGAGAACGGGAUCUGUGUGAACACCAGGGGGCGCUAUAGCUGUGUGUGUAGGGCGGGGUUCAUCCUCGACGCCUCACAUGGAAUCUGCAUCUCCCAGAGUGUGAUCUCGGAGGAGAAGGGUCAGUGUCACCGGGUCCUGGGUUCGGGCCGCGGUCCGACCUCGUGCUCGCUGCCCAUCCUCCGGAGCAUCACCAAGCAGAUCUGCUGCUGCAGCCGGGUGGGCCGGGCCUGGGGGCCGGACUGCCAAAGGUGCCCCCACUUUGGUUCAG